GUAGAAAUAAGUAGAUAUAGUCCACAAAACUUCAAGUGAAGAACAAUUAUAAAUAAACAAACAUCAAAAUGUCCGGAGCUGUUAAAAAAUGCACCCAAUUAACGGGGUUAGCAGUUUCUAAACAUCCUCACCGUGUAUUAACGCAACUAUACAACAAAAUAUUACGUUCUUUAGAAAACAUCCCUAAGGAGGCUGCCUAUCGCCAACAUACAUCAAAAUUGGUUCAGGAGCGACUUGCUUUGGUGACCUCUGAACCUGAUGUAGCGAAGUUGGAAGAAAAAAUUAACGGAGGUCAAGUUGAAGAACUUAUUCUACAAGCAGAGAAAGAAUUGAUGUUAACUAGGAAGAUGAUCACUUGGAAGCCAUGGCAAAAUCUGGAAACUGAAGUUCCUGCAAAUCAAUGGAAAUGGCCUAUGUAGCUUUGAAGUUUAUAGUCUUUUUGUUAUCAGAUUAAAAUUUGGCUGUUGUUAAAUAAGAUUUAAUAUGUUUAGUGUUCUAUUAUUUGUAGGAAUAAUAAAUAUCUUACUAUAAUA